AUGCAGCACCCACCCCCGACCUCUCGCGCAUGGACCAUCACGGGCCGUGGCCUUCCGCCAUCCGUGCUGGACCUGAUUGAGCGCCCCACCCCCACCCUCCCACCUCACCCCCUCCCAAGCGACGUCCCCCAACCUGAGGAAUGGAUCCUAAUCCGCAUCGCUUACGCCUCUCUUAACCCUGGCGCAAUCUUCCAAAUGACGCUCAUCCCCCAACGCUUCCGCAAGGCCCCCUUCAACGUCCCCGAGAUGGACCUGAGCGGAACGGUGGUGGACGUGUGGCACCCCGAUCCCACCGGCCCACUUAAGAACGAGACCGAGGGCGAGACCCCCUUUGGUCCCGGCGCACCACAGCGCUUCAACAAAGGCGACGGUGUGUGCGCCAUGCUCCCAGCAUCGCACCUCCUCCCAACAGGAACCGGCGCACUGGCCGAAUACGCCGCCAUUCCAGCCCGGUAUGCCGUUCCCAAACCUGCAAACGUAUCUUUUGCCGAUUCUGCCGCCCUCCUCGCCGCCCUCACUGCCCAUCGGAUGGUGGUUGAGAGCGGCGCCAAGGCCGGCGACUCGGUCCUCGUCAUUGCCGCCAGCGGCGGUAUCGGAACCAUGGCGGUGCAGAUGCUCCGCCACGUCGUCGGGCACUUGGGCCGCGUUGUGGGUGUGUGUAGCGGCAAGAAUUCUGAUAUGGUUAAGAGUCUUGGUGCUGACGAGAUUGUCGAUUAUACGCUGCACAAGUCGCUCCCGCGCUUCUUGGCGCGCACGUACGAGAAAACACCGUUCAACGCGGUCCUCGACACCCUCGGCUUCCAGGACGUGUACAAGGCCUCCCCCGCCUUCCUUGUCGAGGGCGGAAUCUACGAGAGUGUCGGUAUCAAGCCGCCGACAUUCUGGUUCCCGGAUUUUGUGCGCGCUGUAUGGACGAUGAAACUCAACGAGUGGUGGCCGAUGUCGCCGUGGCUCGGCGGCGUAGGACGCAAAUGGGGCGCCUGCAACAUGAUGAGCCCCAGCCUGGCGGAACGUGAGGCAGUCGUAGGGCUCAUGGAACGCGGGGUGAUUCGCGUUGUGCGCGAUAGCGUCUGGGAGUUUGAGCAGGCCCGCGAGGCGUACGAUAAACUCGCGGGCCGGCAUGCAGCAGGCAAGGUGCUUGUGCGCGUCGACCCCAACGUCAGCGAGGAUGCGUGUUAG